AUGGAAAAUCAAACAACGGUGACUGAAUUUAUUCUCCUGGGAUUUUCCAGUGACCCACAGAUACAGAUUUUCCUCUUCCUGGUGUUUUUAGUUAUUUACCUAAUCACCCUUUUGGGGAACAUGAUGAUCAUCCUGGUGAUAAGGGCUGAUCCUCACCUACACACCCCCAUGCACUUUUUCCUGUCCCAUUUAUCUUUUGUUGAUAUCUGCUAUUCUUCAGUCACAGUGCCUAAUAUGCUGAUGAACUUCCUAGCAGAGCACAAAACUAUUUCUGUCAGUGGUUGCAUUAGCCAGAUAUUCUUCAUCACUUCAGCUGGUACAGAAGUUUUCAUUCUCUCAGCCAUGGCAUAUGACCGCUCCGUUGCCAUCUGUGACCCAUUGCAUUACGUGGAGAAAAUGAACAAAGGGAUUUGUGUUCAGAUGGUGAGUGGCACAUGGACUAUGGGCUUCUUUCAUGCCCUGCUUAACACUGCUUUUACAUUGAAAUUUCACUUUUGUGGGCCCAAUCAAAUCAGCAAUUUUGGCUGUGAGCUCCCUUAUCUAUUACAUCUGUCCUGCACUGAGACCCUCAGCAAUCAAGUGGUGCUUCUUACUUCUAUUGUGAUAUUUGGAUCAAGCUCCUUUCUCCUCACCCUGAUCUUAUACAUUCACAUUGUUUCCACCAUCCUGAGGAUACGCUCUGCGGAGGGCAGGCAUAAAGCUUUCUCCACCUGCAGUUCCCACCUGAUUGUGGUUGGUGUAUUCUACCUUACAGCUUCUUUUCAGUACACAAAACCCAGCUCAGUCUCCUCUGUGGCUCUGGAUGAAAUGUUCUCCAUCCAGUACAGCAUCUUGACCCCCAUGUUAAACCCCAUCAUCUACAGCCUGAAAAACAGGGAGGUGAAAACAGCUGUAAGGAAAAUGUUGGGGAAAUACAGGUUUUUCAAGUAG